UCUCUUCCCCCUCCCUUCCUUUCCUCUCUCGCCGCGCCAUUCCUCUCCACUACUCUCCGCACCACUACUCCACACGGUCUGUCUCGCGACGCGGCUGCGGAGCCAGCCAGCUACACGGGGUCUACCAGUUACGCAACAAUAACAACGCCGUGAGGAGGUGUGUAGCGUUGUGCGGCGUGCGACACCGCAACGCGACACCGUGGAUCGUGUGUGGUGUGCCGACCGCUCGCGUUGUGGGGAAUCACUUGUUGACAACAACGCGGGCAAGCGAAGAAACCCACGCGGAUCGCAGAAGAAAAACGUUAAAGAAGUGCAAGAGACGAAACGGUAAUAGUUCAGCAUUAUUGCGUGAAAAAUCGCGCGUGCGAGUUUCAAGCGCGGCAAAAGCAAGAUUUUACCGGAGCACUCGCGAUCGAAAAUGUGUCGAGAGUGACCCGAAAUCCGAGCAACGAGAAAGUUUUGUGCGCACGUUUGGCGCGGGUGUUUGCGGAAAUCGAGCGCGAUCGAGAGUAAUGCGAGAAGGGUGAGCACACAGUGUGCGUGACUGCACAGGAUUUUGAGAACGAAACGACACGUGCGAUCGAGAAGAAAGGAUCGAGUGUGGUUAAGGGAGAAGGAAACUCGUGGCAAUUUCGAUCGAUCGCGAUCGACGCAUGAACGGAAGCGGGAAAGCGUGACUACAACGUCGCUGUCGCUUAACGAGGGAAGUCCGUGAAUUUAACGCGGUCGAUUAACGACAAGAAAAAACCGCGGUGUAACGAGAAAUUUGCCAAGCGGAGCGGAUGUUACAUUCAAUAAAUAUACCGGAAGUGCUGACCGGUGCGAAAGAUCAAUGAGGAGAAAUGUCGAACUUCGCUAGAUCGAAUCAAAACUCGUCUCUUCUGCCGAUCGAUGAAUGGAACGGUAAUUACGAGUUACCACGCGGCGAGUACGAGUAUCCACGAGACAGCGGUAAGAACGCCAAUUGAUUGCAGAUCAUCGUACUGGACCAAGUAACAUUAGGACAACGCUUGCGUAAAUCGCUACAAAGCAAUUUAUCGAGGAAAGAAAAGAAGCUACGAUCAUCGAGAGACGGGUUGUCGUCUUCGAAUACGCUCGUAUAUGUGAGAUCUUGCGAUAACGAGAUCGCAACAUCGUGUCGAGCGAUAGAUCGGCCGGAGAAACCGCUACCGAUCUCUCGGGAGGAACGCGAGAGUGCUCAGUCGCCGCUCGUGAGCGACGGCGACGUGUUUAGGCGCCAAUGACGUCACCGGACAAGUGAAGCCGCCGGGGGAAUUCGCGGUCGGAGUUUCUCGUCGCGCACGCGGUGCGUUUACGUGUCGACACAACGCUCGUUGCCGCGAUCGCCGGCGAUGGUAGUAGCGGUGGUAGUGGUGAUCGCGCGGUAAUAGCGAAUGUGGUAGUGCGCUGGCUGUGUGUGAUUUACUCGUUGCCGUAUCGCAUUUGCAGUGGGGAUAAGGAGACCCCGUGGAAUCGCGCUGCGCGGUGGCCGAUUACGCUUUUCUACGUAUGUCGCCCGUUGGCAAGCAAUGACUAACUGCGCGCGGCCGAGUGCGUUAGCGAGAGAUACCGCGCUGUCAACGCAGUUGUUCCGGAGCUGCUGUUGCCUUCGUCGUUGUCAUUGUUGUUGUGCCGCCGUCGUCAUUGCCGUCGUCUACGUCAGCACCGGUCAGACUUGAUUUGCAUAGCAAACAGAUUGACGCGCUCGUAGUAAGUGGAUAACGAGAGAAGCGCGCGCUCUCUUCGUGCGUGUACCGUAUAGUGCGAGAGUCUCUCGGUCUCUCCCCCGUUCAGUGCGCGCGUGUCUUCGUGUGGGUGAGUGUGUGAAUAUCGCUCCAUGCGUACGACUGGCUCGCAUUGCCAGAAGAGAGAGAGAGAGAGAGAGAGGAAAAGAUAGAGGAUACGACGGACGAGGCAAGUGCGGAGCUUAAAAUAGAAGAGUGACUUCGGCUUAAGUACGUGGCGGGAGGACGAGCGAGUAAAGCGAAUCGGAGAAGAGAGGGUGGAUGUUGUGUUCAUUUCUUCCCCACCUCCGCAUCAUAUUUCUGUGAUACAUUCGAAUUCUACGUUUGUCGCGUGUGAAAGAAGGAACAACGAGGUUCGAGAAAAAAGACGACAAGAGUACAUAUAUAUAUACGCACACAUACAUAUAUAUAUAUUACAUACAUACAUACAUACAUAUAUAUAUAUAUAUACACACAUCUCGCAGCGAAGAGUGCGUGUUCUGUGAUAAUCUAUAUAGUGCAUAUUGUGUAGUGGUGGACGCAGGAGAGGGUGAUUGUGUCUCUCGCGCGACUUUCUGUUUUUCCCGCCCGUAUCGCCUGAAAAGAAGAGGGUUCGUCGAUCCUCGUAAAGGCAGAGAGAUCGCACUGGCGAGUCGAGCACUCGCCCGUCAGAGAGGAGGCGUCGCGUCGCUCUCUGUUCCACGCGAUGGAUCGUGACUCGCGUUCGUAUUCCUGCGGAGGCUGCGAGAGGACCGCCGCCGAGGGCCGAGCUAUGCCGAUGGAGUAACAAGUGAGCGGCGAAGCGGCGUUGCCAUGACGACAGAGACCCACACUGUGGCGAUGACAGACCCACAACUGACCAACAACAAUAAUAACAAUAACAAUAACAACAACGAUGGCGAGCCAAAAUAUCUGCACAAGAAAUUCAAGAAGAUGGCGACGACUGAGGUCGCGCCGAAGGUCGUCGAGCCCAGAAAAGAGGCCACGGCGAACAACGUCGUCCCUGCCGAGACGCCCAAGCGGAAGGACGCGAAUAAGGACGGCAAGGAGUCGUCGAAGGAACCUGGAAAUAAGCUCGAGGCUUCUACUGAGUCCGAGGGGCCCGAGCCCACCACCGAGUCCCGGAAGAGCGGUUACCUGUGCCCUUACUGCCAGAUGGCAUGCGCCAAACCGAGUGUUCUGCAGAAGCAUAUCAGGGCGCACACGAACGAGCGACCGUAUCCGUGUGUGCCCUGCGGGUUUGCUUUCAAGACCAAGUCGAAUUUGUACAAACACUGCAGGUCGCGUUCUCACGCACACAAGACGGAGAGAGGUGACAAGAUGUCUGAGGAUUCCGACAUAAGUCUGUCGGACAGUGCUAGUAACGGCACCGGGACGCCACCGCCGCCUCCCGCUUCGACGCCUACGGCGACAACAACGACAGUAUCCACCGUCGCUCUGAAAACCGUGAAGACCGGCAAGAUUUAUAAGCCAAAAUUCCAAGCGCGAACCGCUCUACAAUGCGUGAACAGCGAUACCGAAACGUCUUCCUUAUCGCCCAGUUCUUCCAGCAGCUCUUCCUCCUCCUCCACGACGACUUCCGCAGCUAAUUCUGUCAAACCUAACGCGGAGCAGUUGCAAGAACACAUCGACAAAAUUAUUACGGACAAUCAAGCAAUUGUUGACGCAGUCGAUCCACGUCUGCACAAGUUGAUGCAACGCCAGCAAAGCUUGGUCGAGACAAAGCAGUCAUUCGAGCAACAGCCUUUGAACCUGUCUUCCGCGGAAGAAUCCGCGAAUAACAGAAAACGUUGUUACAGUGACAGCUGCACUCAAGAGGCGAAGGAAGGCGCGCAAAGCUCUGAAAGUGGCUCGAUUAUCAAGGAUCUGCUUCUGAAAACUCGCGAUACCGCGAAAGGAUCACUACCCGAGACUGCCGAGAACUUCGUCUGCCCGACUUGCAAUAUUUCCUUCACCAGCAUAGACAACUUAGAGGCUCACCGUAGAUAUUACUGCAAAGGCAUCGACAGUCCUCGGAGAGGAGCGGAUUAUCAAAUAGAGUUGGAGAAGCGAGAUUCCGAAUUCGACUCGAAGCCUGCUGACUAUUACGGCACUUUGCAGCCACUAACGUCGCCGGGACCUCUGCUGGGUAACACUAGACUGGUCGACGCGUACGCACCACCCGCGAAGAAGCAGAGAACGGAAUCCGUGCCGACCAACUUGAGGUCACUGGAAGAGCUGAGCAAGUAUCCGCGUCCAAACUCACUGCAGAUGUUUGGCGGCGAAGUGAGGAUUCUCGACAAUACGGGCGAGACGAAGACGAUGAGAAUCGAACCGCGACAGACUAACUCGCCUACCAAUGAGAACAUAGUCAACAGUAAGUGCGUGACUUCGGAGACGGCGUCGAUCGUAGUGAGAUCCGGGCUUCACUCGGGUGGUACAAUGGUGCAUAAACCGCCGGGCACGCCAGCCAGCACGCCCAGUUCCUCCAUAUCUUUGCCUAACACGCCGAAGAUACUGGCACCCAUCAUACCGAACAUAUCAACCCCCAAUAUAGCGCCCACUAUGUCCUGCUACAACUAUCUAGAGCAACACCUCAACCCGCUGACGAGUAUCACUGCCUACAACCCGUUGACUCUGCCGCAGGCCGGUGUCACAAGCAUCCUCCACGGCGGCAAAGUGAUACCUUACGUGCCCGGUAUGCCCGGACCGCACACCCUGACCGGCACGCCGACCAUAGACAUAUCGCCGAGUAUAACGGCCGGCGAGGCCAGUUACAAAGUGAUACCGGGUCUACCGGGUCUGCACAUGAUAUCUCAACCGUUGGAUCUGGCCAGUCCAGUAAAGGCGCAGCCCAGCACAGUGCCCGGCAUACCCAGCCCGUUGUCUGGACACGCUUCUAUGCUGGACCAACCUCUGGACCUGGCUAGUCCGGCGAAAGAGUCGACGAAAAUCAGCUUUAAGACUCCCAGCAGCGACGGUCUAAGGAGCGGCAUGACCAGUCCUAAAGUUCCUAGCGUUAAAAUCGAAACCUCGACAGACAAGUAUCGCGCGAGAAUGUCGUCGACGCCCACCGGCGGGGAGAACAAUAAAGCAGAGUUCGAUCCCUCUUUCAAGAAUAAGGUUGCGGUCGUGAGGUACAAGAAUAUGGAGAGCCCUCGGGAGAAAAGAGAAUUUACGUACGACAAGAGUCCGAAACUGGACAAGGCUUUUAGUUACCCGAACGGCGUGGACUCCGCGAUUUGCUCGAUUUCUUACAGCAAAUUAAAGUACUCGCCCAAAACGACUUCGGAGAGCAGGAAGAGGCAGUCAAAUUGGGGUGUCAGCGAGGUGGAUGCUGGCAGAACAGCACCGAUAGACACGCACGUCGCGAGCACUAAAUACGAUCUGCCUCCUCACGAGAACGGCCGAUUGAAGAUUAGUACCUCCUCGGAUGUGCGUGCAUGGACAAAGGUCACGGACGGAUACGGCGCGUUCAACGGAGCCAAGCCGAAAGCCGACAACGCGCCGUCGGUGAUACUUGUCAAUCUAGAUUCUUCCAAGACAGAAGUGCCAACGAAAACUUUCGUAGAAUUAGUUGUUAAAGACAAACAGCCCGAGGCCAAAUCGCCGAAGAGCAGCGGCAGUGAAACGACCGUCAAGGAAACGACCAACAAAUUUUUGAGACCUACAUCCUUGCCGCUGAAACCCGGCACGUUCACGCCGAAGAAGCAUCACGGGAUCACGCCUACGGCGAACACACUCCCUCUCAUCAGCCCAGAAACUCCACGACCGAAGAAGUCGUACGGACAAUUGUAUUUAAACGGACAUGCCUACACAUAUCUGGGACUCAAGUGUUCCACCAGGGUGUUCUAUUGCACCCUGAAUCGACCGCAGCCAAUGUACGUCACGCAGCAACACGGUCUGUCGAUGUAUUCCAACUGGAAGAUAUGCAAGGAAGCGCCGCCAGACGUGGAUAUGGCGCACUACGACUCUCGACACAUACCUCUCAAUUACACCACCGCGUGGAAGAAGCAAGAAGAUAUUCUAACACACUCCUCGCAAAGACCAACCACUCCCAGCAGUCCGGACAGCGGAUUGGAGAGUGACAUACAGGAGAAAGCGAAGAGGGUGAAGAUAUUCGACGGGGGUUUUGAAAGCAACGAGGAUUAUACCUAUGUGCGCGGCAGAGGUCGAGGACGCUACGUCUGCGAGGAAUGUGGUAUUCGUUGCAAAAAACCAUCUAUGCUGAAGAAACAUAUCAGAACUCAUACCGAUGUUAGGCCGUACACUUGCAAGCACUGUGCUUUUAGUUUCAAAACAAAGGGCAAUCUCACGAAGCACAUGAAAUCCAAAGCUCACUACAAGAAGUGCGUGGAACUAGGUGUGGUACCGAUUCCUACGUCGGUUUGCGACGAGAAUAUCGAUAAAGAGGCGAUUGCGCGGCUGGCUGCCGGUGGAGGUAACGCGGAGGAAUCCUCGGAGGAGGAAGAGGAGACCGACGGUGAGGAAAGCGAAGAAUCUGGUAGUGAGGAACAAGAAGCGGCGCAAAGUCUGCUCAGUCUUUCGCAACGUAACACAAUGAACAGAUUGCCGGGCUUACUGCCAUCGAACAGACCGACGACGUAUCCGUAUGCCCUCACCUUACCGACGACCUCCACAGUGAACGUCGUAUCUACUGUGACAAGUACGACGGCUAUCAGCAGUCAAAGUAUCACCACGCAAGGUACAGCUCUUAUCCAGAACGAUUUAUCGCAUCGUUAUUACUUUCCGUCGACCCGAAGUAUAGCAGAGGAGUCAAGGAUGAGCGUCAUUCAGUCGUCAAAGAAAGACGAGUCUGACUUCGAGAUCGAGGAGAUCACUGAUGUCGCAGAGUCACGUCAUCAACCAUCUCAACCUAUAGAUCUCACGACGAAACAGAACUGUGCUCAACUGCUGUCCUCGCCGAUUCCGCAGAGAGUCAGACCCGUGGAUAUUCUAACUCCCGUUUCCGAACCGGUCUUGCUGCAGACGAUAGUCCAGACGAUGGAGCGACUGCCUAGACAAGGUAGAGAAUGGAAACCGGACGCGGAGGGCCAGAUGCUGCAGGCGUAUCUCACGGAGAGAUACGUGAUGGACAGUAAAAUUAAACAACAGUAUCGGGUGGGAAACACCAAGCUGGACAACAAACAAGUGCAAGAAAGAGAUAUUUAUCCGCGUCAUCAGGAGUCUAGCAGACCCAGAUAUAUAGAUUCUAACAGUAUUCCGACAGUGACGUAUACUGAUCCAAGUAAGAUGCAGCACACUGUUAUGGAAUCUAGAGUUAAGUACAUGACGAAGCACACUAGUGACGACAUCAAGAUGGAAAUCAGAGAAAAGAUUUAUCAGAAUAACAUGGCGAUGGAGAGACGAACAUUUGACUACGAAAUCCACAAGGAUAAAGAACACUCUAGUCGUCCGGUUUCUGAGCGUGAAAAUUUUGAGCUUGGUUUGACUAACGGUUCCGAUGGCACAAGACCAAGUAUCGAGUACGGUCUAUCUGUUACCAAGAACAAUAACUCGAUGGAAAGAUCGAUUUAUUCUAUUGAUGCGCCUGUUCGUAGCACGCCCAAUAUCGAUUGCCACUCGCCAAAAUCUUUGAAUAUAGAAGCAAACAAUCGGCCGUCGUUGAUGCAGCACGUAAACAACGACAUCGAUAGGAGUUCCAUGUUCAACACGAUGAAGAUGAUGAACGAAAUCGAAAGAUCUAGAGACUGUCAUUCUGUCGGUCAAGAAAUGAGAUCUGCGAAUCACGAGAUGAGAACCGCAACUAGCGACGUUCGAAUGCAGAAUCAGAGUCCGCGAAAUCUCGAUCUGAGACCGCCAAGCAGAACGCCUGGUCAAGAAUACAGAACGCAGAAUCAAGAGCUGAGGCUGCCGAGUCAACAACAGGAAUACAAGAUACGCGGCCAAGAAAUGAGACCGCCUAGCCGCGAGUACAAGCCACCGUUCGCUCACGAUAUGCAAGUCAUCCAGGAGCUGAUGCCGUCGACAAACAUGGAAAUGCGACAAACAAAUUCAGAUAAUAGACCACCGAGCAGUGACAUGAGACCUCUCGCGGAAUAUAGAACACAGCCUCCAGAUCCUCGCGCCAACUACGAGAUAAUGCAGUCAGCCAUGAUGCACGAGUCGACUAAAUUACGAAAUGUUGACGCGAGAAAUACAUUAACGCAAGAUGUACGACAUAUAUAUUACGACGCAAAACACACGGAGGCGGCUAAACAGAACACAUCAGACAGCAUGAAACACACGGUAGCCAGGAUUGAUGGAAGAAAUACGUUGGCGCAAGAAAUACGAAUUGUGUACUACGACGCAAAACGCACAGAGACGGCUAAACAAGACAUGCCGGAUAAUAUGAAACACGCGGUAGCCAGGAACAUGGUCGUCGGUGGACCAGAUUUUCGAUUGUCACCGAAUACAGGGAACUCGAAACCGCAAGCAGAAUUUUUACAACCAUCCAAUGGGCCGAUGCCUAACUAUGUCAGUGUGACGGAAGACGGUAGAAGUGUAUGUGACGUUUGUAACAAGGUGUUCAGCAAGCCUAGUCAGUUACGGUUGCAUAUCAACAUUCAUUAUUUUGAGCGGCCGUAUAGAUGCGAAAGUUGCGCAGUUUCCUUCCGGAGUAAAGGUCACUUAACUAAGCACGAAAGAUCCGUUACCCAUCAGAAUAAGGUCAGUAUGACUUCCACGUUUGGCGCGGCGACUACCAGCAAUCCCAGACCUUUCAAGUGUACAGAUUGUAAGAUAGCGUUUAGAAUACACGGACAUUUAGCCAAGCAUCUUCGCAGUAAAAUGCACAUUAUGAAACUGGAGUGCGUGGGCAAGCUACCGUUUGGAACUUACGCGGAAAUGGAAAGAUCUGGUGUGAACUUGAAUGACAUCGACACCACCGAUUGCGAUAAUAGUCUUAACAGUCUGCAGAUAUUGGCUCAAAGAUUAUACGAAAAGGAUCCCACUAAGAUCACGCAAUGGGACUCGGAAACUAUGCCUGGACCGGCUGUAAGCGGUAGCGAGACUUCGUCGGAUGAAGGUGAACCUAUACCGCAGCACGCGCUUCACACACAGUACGUGAAAGCGUCGGAUGCGAAAGCUUCCCGAUCAUAUCAUGUGCCAACCGAGGAACCGAAAGCCAUUAAUGACGUUCGCCUUCGCGGUCCUUUAUUCAAUCAACAGAGACGCGAGUACACCGUUAAGGAGCAACGGCUGCCAAUUCCGGCCGCCGUUCCAGAGGAUGCGAGGGCGGAAGACAAUUUACAAUCAUACAAGUGCCAAGCUUGCCCCGUAUCUAUGCGUACCGUAAACGAGUUACAGGUACACUGUUUUGCUGAACAUAAUAUCGAAACGGAUUCUAGUACAAAUAUUCACGCAGAUAGGAGUGCCGGUAAAUGUAGCAGGGAUAAAGAGAAUACUCAGAAAAGAAUUACGGAGGAAUCGGCGAUUCAGGAAGAGCGUAGCAGACAAAGGACAGAGGAUACAUAGUGCCAAAACAAUAGCAUGCUAACAAAUUUUUGAAUGGUGUUUGCCAUAUUACUUAGGGAAAUUAUAAUAACGUAUCAUGUAAGAAAUGUGCAUCACAAAUAUCCUACAGAAAAAUCUCGGUAUAUCCUAAAGAAAUAUCUCGAUAGGUAGGUAUGUAUGAAUAGUAUGAUUAACGAUGCUUUGUGCUUCUUGAGAGUUUAACGUAUUGACACACGUUAAACUUUUGCAAAAAUUUAGAUGAAUCGUCCAUUAUUUGCAAUUAAAAAUGUACGAAUAUGAAUUUAUAAUUUUACCGUUGCCGUUACAAAGUGUUUCACAAAAUUUCUAAAAAUUUUACAAAAUUUAUCAUAGUGUGAAAAACACGGAUCUAAUAAUAUCACAUUAAAUAUUAAUGCAUAUUAAUGACAUACAUUAAGAAGCGCAGUCUCGAUUAUGUUUCUUCUACUACAGGUAGUCUACUAUCAGUUCAUUUAUAACUACCUGUGCGUAUUGCAAACAACUGUAAACGCGACAUAAUCGCUUGUAUAGUCCUCCUCUAAGACUUUACACUCUUCCUCUCGAAAACAACAUAUAUAACGCGUAAAUAAAAGAAAAAAAAACGUAGCUCUUAUCUGAUAAUGAUUAUAAUAUUUAUACAAUAGUGUUUCAUAGCAAGCAUGAGGUGCAAUGGACUGGCAUGUGAUUCUGUAUUUAAAGUGCAAAUGUUGCUUUCAACAUGUUGAAGAGUAUUCUAUUAUAAUAUUACAAAUGAAUAUUAUACUUUAAAUUGGUACAUGAAGCUUAUAUAUAUAUAUAUAUAUAUAUAUACAUAUAUGAACAAUUAUGGAGAAUUAUUGUUGACAUAAGAGGAAAUGUGUUUGUAUAUAUUUAUGUAUAAUAUAAUAAGAAAAAUCACGUUAGUCUUUAUAGUUUUAAGCGUAUAAGUCUUAUAGUUUUAAGAAAUCAGAAGUCAAAAGCUGUGUCGGUUGCUCAGAUUAUUUAUGAAUUAAAGCGAUUUUACUCAUGCGAUGAAUUCUUUAGUUUCAACAUUUUGAAAGAUUUUUAUGUAAAGAAAUCAGAUAGCACAAAUAUCUAGUUUGAUUGUACCAUAUUAUCAUUAUUGAAUGUUUAGUUACUUCCGCAUUCUAUUUGAUAUUAUUAGUUAUUGUAAAUCGUAAUUGAUCUUACUUAUUGUUAUAUGGUCUGAAGGAUCGAUUCACUGAUUCUGUUUAAGACAUUUAAAAAGCCACUUACCUUCCUUGAGCGACAGCUACCGUAUCUUAUAAUUAAUUGUCUAUCUAAUGCUAUAUGCAGUUUUAAUAUCUCACUCAAGCACGAGAAUAUGUCUUUCCUAUACUGCAUAAUCAGACUCCAGUUAUCACAAUUUGUACCUAGAUGUGCUUGAGUUAAGAUAAUAGAGAUACGGAUAUAGAACGACCGCACAAUUGUAUACAAUGAGGUCCAGUCCGAGUGAUUGUUACUAAACGAUAUCAAGUGUAGCAUAGUCUAACGUAGCAUUUUGGAUGUGUAUCUAUUAUCUAUUAAUAACUCUGUCGACUCCAACUGCGAAACUACAUAUGAGCUUCCAAGAUAUAUAUACACGUGUUGUAAGUACACGAAAUGCCAAGCCAACAAUUUACGUUCGAAAAAAUUAGUGAAAGAAAUGAUACAUUCUUCACAUCGACGUUGACUUCCAAUAUGAACGACACGAUUCUUAUGUGAUUCUUCCAUAUGAAAUACGAUAUUUUCCGAAACUAAGAUACUUGUAACACACAUCUUUCUCGAUUACUUGCAUGUGUACUUAUAUGAUUUCAGAAUGUACUCUUUCCAAAUUAUAGAUUUAUAUUACAAUAUAUUUUCGAAACAUUGUCGUGUCCGUAAAAGUGUCGCGUAUUUUUCAAUAUAUACACAGCAAGCAUGUCAUUUACAUAUCAAAUCCAUUGUUUUCUCGACAUUAACCGAGACAAUGGAUAAUUAUGCGUUUCAUCAUUUGAAAUUAAAUGUCGCACAGUACAAGGUAGCUUUAUAUAUACUUCGUAAUGAAGACUUACCGUUCUGAGUGCGCCCACCUACGACGACAUUCAUUUACGAGCGUUCGCUUCACGGCGAGAUCCUUGGAUAUGUGUACAUAAUUACGAAUAUCGAAACUUACGAACUUUAUUCAGAAAACACUUUAUUCACAAAAACCACGACCGCGACGCGCAUACACUUUAAGAAACUUUAUUC